UGCCAUUGGAGGCUCCAUCACAUUCCGCUUUGAUCCCUCGUCUUCCUAUCAACAAGCCAACCAUCUGUGUCAGUAUGUCGAGACCAGCAGAUUCGAAAAAGGAAGUCUGUCGCGGUGGAAGUUCAAGGCAGACAUGCUUUGCCCUCGAGACGGACUGUCCGCUCUCUUCUACAAGGAUCGCAUCUACACAUUCGGGGGGCUGGACGAUGUCCUGCCAUUGUGUUCAAAUUGCUUGUCACUUGCCUUUGUAGGACGCGAACGAUCUCGAUAACGUUGAGAGCUGCGGCCUUGACUUUCAAUGGCGUCAAGAACGGUUUUCAACACCACGACUUACAAGCUUUCAUUCCACCGCGCUGCUCAACGACCGCAUCUACCUAAUCGGAGGACAAGGCUUCGAUCUGGAAACAAGGCAGCCGGCAUGGUGGAACCAAGUCAGCUGCCUGGAUCUCACCACAGGGAGAUGGACUGAGUGUCCGUCUAUGAACAGAAAGCGCUGCUACUUCCAGGCAGUGUCUGUGCAUGGCAGGAUCUACGCCAUUGGGGGUUGGAGCACCGAGUCGGAGGUGCUGGACACGAAUCUAGGGAUUCCGGGACUGAAGUGGGACUUGCGCCACCAUAUCACCAACACCGUCGAGUCGUUCGAUCCACGGCAAAGGGAAGUGGCGAAUGGAACCCUCGAUGUGUGCUCCGCUACAGGCCGGGGUCAGCAACGUCUCUCAGCUUCAACAUCCCCAAGCAGGUGCAGGAUGGUAGCCG